GUCCAUCCAUGCGCCCACGGUCCACUUUCACCCGGUUUAGAAGCGGAGUUUAGAAGAAAUUCCUACCACUAAGAAUCUUCCAGUUUCCGCUGGUAGCGUAUUUUCCAACCUGCCAUAUUCCACCUCGCAUCUUUCGCAUCCGUGAAAACAAGUCCAACCCAACUUUGCCGUUCCUUCAACAACUCAUUGUACAUAAGUCAUCCUACAAGUUACAUACCCAAUUUCUACCAGACAAAAUGCCUCGCCAGUCUCGCCCCGCUGCCCGCCCCGCCGCCCGUCCUGCUGCGCCCGCCCAGCAGCAGCAGAGGCCUGCCACCACCUACGCCGCCCCGACCGCUCCUCCCCCAGCGGCCGCCGCACCGCCGCCGGCCGCUGCCCCCUCGGCCGGCCCGGGUCUCUUUGGCCAGAUGGCCAGCACAGCUGCUGGUGUCGCCAUCGGUUCUUCGGUCGGUCACGCCAUCGGUGGACUCUUCAGCGGCGGCUCCUCCGCCCCGGCCGAGACGACACAGGCUGCCGCCCCUCAGCAGCAGCAACAGCAGCUGCAGAACAACUGCGCCGGUGCCGCUCAGAACUUCACCAAGUGCAUGGAUGACAACAACGGUAACAUGCAGAUCUGCAACUGGUACUUGGAGCAGCUGAAGGCUUGCCAGGCCGCCUCUACCCAGUACUAAGAAUAUCCCGGGCUUUUAUUUUCAUGGCGUUGGGAACAGAUUCGGGGAACUGUCGGUGGUUACCGGAUCUAGGCCGAGGUUCAAUUUUUUGACACGGCUUUGCAAUGCAUAAUAUUUUUUGGGCAACCAAAAGGAAGAAACAUCCCAGCACACUACUCCUGCGACGUCACUCCAUGUACUAUUACAAUAGCAUUGAACGUUUCCACUCUGAUUGAAUAUGGCGUUUGGGACUUUAUCCAGUCCCCCGUUUGCCUGAUUAUUCAUCGUCUGGCCUUGGCUCAAAGUUGAGCUGGUAGUUUCGUGUCAGCACUCGGAUCGUUCGGAUAUACGGGGUAUAUUGUGGAAACUCUUUCCGUAGAAAGAUUUGAAACUUACCGAAUUUCCGUUGUACAACUGCUGGUCCCGCCUGUCAUCGUCAGGAUUGCGGAACCCCGUGACCCGCGAGUUGUCUGACCGAUUUCGAGCACUGCCUGGAGGACUUCGGCGGCCAG